GCGCCCCGCAGCGCUGCGGCAUCCGCACCUCGGACAUCAUCAUCCUGCCGCACAUCGUCCUCAACCGCCGCACCUCCGGCAUCAUCGAGAUCGAGAUCAAGCCCCUCCGCAAGACGGAGAAGAGCAAGUCCUACUACCUGUGCACCUCCGUCUCGGCCCCCGCCGCUGCCGCCCUGGGGCCCGGGGCUACCGGAGGGUUGGUGGGUGCCGAGGGACCCGCCGGACCCCCGCCCUGGGGGGAGACCACCUGGAUCUACCACGACGGUGAGGACACCAAGAUGAUCGUGGGGGAGGAGAAGAAGUUCUUGCUGCCCUUCUGGCUGCAGGUCAUCUUCAUCUCGCUCCUCCUCUGCCUCUCGGGCAUGUUCAGCGGCCUCAACCUGGGCCUCAUGGCCCUGGACCCCAUGGAGCUGCGCAUCGUGCAGAACUGUGGCACGGACAAGGAGAAGAACUACGCCAAGCGCAUUGAGCCCGUGCGCCGCCAGGGCAACUACCUGCUCUGCUCCCUCCUCCUGGGCAAUGUCCUGGUCAACACUACGCUCACCAUCCUGCUGGACGAUAUUGCUGGCUCUGGGUUGGUGGCCGUGGUGGUCUCCACCAUCGGUAUCGUCAUCUUCGGCGAGAUCGUGCCGCAGGCGAUUUGCUCUCGGCACGGCCUGGCCGUGGGCGCCAACACCAUCUUCCUCACUAAGUUUUUCAUGAUGAUGACCUUCCCGGCCUCCUACCCUGUCAGCAAGUUGCUGGACUGUGUCCUGGGACAGGAGAUCGGCACGGUCUAUAACCGUGAGAAGUUGCUGGAGAUGCUGCGGGUCACCGACCCUUAUAAUGAUCUAGUCAAGGAGGAGCUCAACAUUAUCCAAGGGGCCCUGGAGCUGCGCACCAAGACUGUGGAGGACGUGAUGACUCCACUCCGAGACUGCUUCAUGAUCGCCGCUGAGGCCGUGCUCGACUUCAACACUAUGUCCGAGAUCAUGGAGAGCGGUUAUACCCGCAUCCCCGUGUUCGAGGGUGACCGCUCCAACAUCGUGGACCUGCUCUUCGUGAAGGACCUGGCUUUUGUGGACCCCGACGACUGCACGCCGCUCAAGACCAUCACCCGCUUCUACAACCACCCCCUGCACUUUGUCUUCAACGACACCAAGCUUGAUGCCAUGCUGGAGGAGUUCAAGAAAGGCAAGUCUCACCUGGCCAUAGUACAAAGAGUUAACAAUGAAGGAGAAGGGGAUCCUUUUUAUGAAGUCCUGGGAAUUGUCACUUUAGAAGAUGUGAUUGAAGAGAUCAUCAAGUCUGAAAUUCUGGAUGAAACAGAUCUAUACACCGAUAACAAGACGAAAAAGAAGGUAGCUCAUCGGGACAGGAAGCAGGACUUCUCUGCCUUCAAGCAGACAGACAGCGAGAUGAAGGUUAAAAUAUCACCGCAGCUCCUCCUGGCCAUGCACCGGUUCCUGGCAACAGAAGUAGAAGCCUUUGGUCCAUCCCAGAUGUCAGAGAAGAUCCUUCUCAGGCUGCUAAAACAUCCCAACGUCAUCCAGGAGCUGAAAUACGACGAGAAGAACAAGAAAGCCCCAGAACACUACCUCUACCAGCGAAACAAGCCCGUCGACUACUUUGUUCUCAUUUUACAGGGGAAAGUGGAAGUGGAGGCUGGGAAAGAGGGGAUGAAGUUUGAAGCUGGUGCUUUUUCCUACUAUGGGGUGAUGGCCCUCACAGCAUCGCCAGUUCCCUUGUCCCUGUCUCGUACCUUUGUUGUCAGCAGAACAGAGUUGUUAGCAGCAGGUUCUCCAGCCGAAAACAAGUCUCCGCCCCGGCCCUGCGGCUUGAACCACUCCGACUCUUUAAACCGAAGCGAUCGCAUCGAUGCGGUGACGCCAACGUUAGGGAGCAGCAACAACCAGCUCAAUGCAUCUUUCCUCCAAGUGUAUGUCCCGGACUACUCAGUGAAAGCACUCACAGAUAUUCAGUUUGUCAAGAUCUCAAGACAGCAGUACCAAAAUGCCCUGAUGGCAUCCCGGAUGGACAAAACACCUCAGUCCUCGGACAGUGAAAACACUAAAAUUGAACUGACUCUUACGGAGCUGCACGACGGUUUGCCGGACGAGACAGCAAACCUGCUGAACGAGCAGAACUGUGUGACUCACAACAAGCCCAACCACAGUAUGCACAGUGAAGGAGCCAUCUAGGAGCUGACUCCCCACAACAACCCACCCAUCCCAUCUCCUCAGCAGGACCAGCCCUCGCUCCUUCCUGCCUCCUCCCCGAGUGUGAACACCGUUAGUAUGUGCUUGCAACACUGUGCUGCAUCCAGUGUUCUGAGACCAAAGACUUUUGCGUCCGUUCUGGGAGCAGAAGAGGAAGAAACAGGAAGAAAGGAGCAAAGAGCAAGAGAGACUAAAGCCCCAAGCGUACUUUGGGAAUGGUGAGCCACCCUUGAGAACGAUGAAAAUACUUCUUGCAAAGUAGAAUUAUGUUUAUUUUUUAUCUGUAUUUUUGAUCCUUGUUGGGUUUUUUCCUCCUCAGACACAUACGGAGAAGUUUAAAAGCUCCUCCAGUUAUUUUUUCAAGAGAGAUCAUGUUUUUAAAAAGUAUUUUGCAGAGUUUUAAAUUGUUUCUGUCCCAAACCUCAAAUGGGCUCUGUCGUGGUUUUCUGAAUUGGCUCCUUAGGCCUCUUUUCACCCCCUUCUGGUUCUUUUUGUUACCCUGUUGAAGAAGUUAGUAACUGGUACUUGUAUGUUAUUUGUGUCCUAAGAAUGAGCAAGCUUCAAGGAAUCUCUGGUUUCAGCCACCUGGAGGGCCAAGGGAUGAGUAUUAUUACAUUCUUCCAGUUGAGUUUCAGGGAAGGAGUUGUUACUUUGGUAUUUAAUGAUGAAUCAAAUUUCAGAAGGUUUCUUUGCAAAACAGGCAAAAGCAUUUUUAUGCUUACAGUUUCGUAACCUCCAAAAAAAACUUUGUGUAUGUUGAAGAUGAUGCUGG